AUGUCACGAAUGGUCGAUUUACCCUGUGAAUUAAUUUUAAUUAUUCUGAGCUAUCUUCCAAGUCGUGACUUGUGGCAAAACGUUCGCUUGACGUGUCGGUUCUUUGCAACGAUUAUUGCUGAUCAGAGCUAUUGGGAACGGAAAUUGCAGAAGAAAUUUGAAGUUGAAUUGCCAUCCUGUCAGUUAUAUGGCUCAGUAUCAUCAUUAUCACAUUGUUGUGCCAGAACAGAAGAAGAAACGGAGCGGUGGAAAGAUGGAAAAUUGGAUCGACUUAUUUGUGCUGUAGGACACGAUGGAACAGUUGAUGCUGUGGCACUCAUGAAAUCAUCGGCGCAUAAACGAUUAUGUAUUUCUGGUGCCCGAGAUCGUGCACUGAUCAUUUGGGAUGUAGAUACGAUAACAAAGGGAGUGAGGCGCGAAAAUUGGAAACUGUAUGAAUUUUCUGAAGCUCAUCAGGGAUGGAUAUGGAGCGUGUGCAGAGGGGAUGCAGAUACGUUUUACUCCUGUGCGUGGGAUCGUUAUGUGAAGCAGUGGCGAAUCGUUGAUGGGCAUGUUAAUGCGCUUUGUGAUGUACAGAUGGCUUCUGCAGUGCUAUGUGUUAUAAAUGACGGUACAACAACUGUUUGUUCUACAUUUGGACGGAGAGUAGUAGUUAUGGAUGCGCGCAAUUCGUUGCAAAAAAUUACUGAUAUACUGUAUCAUCGAAGUGCUGUUUUCGAUCUUGUUCAGAUGCCAGACAGCAAUUAUCUGUAUUCAUGUGGUGAGGAUCGACGAUUAGCAUGUGUCGACAAACGUAUGUGGGAAGUAGUAAACGAUUUGGAACUGGAAGCUUACGCACAAACUAUGUCAUUGCGGCAAGGACAAUUACUUUGUGGAACCACCGAUGGCAAGAUGCUGUCUAUCAACCCAAACGAUUUAACAGUUAUCAGCGAAGUAUUUGUUGGAAGUGGUGGUUUACGGCAAGUAAGACUGAAUAUUGGCAGCCAAAUGUGUAUUACAAAGGAUCGCUUUUUUAAAGUGUUCACACCUGGUUUACAUCCCAGAUUGUUUGCCGAAUCAGAAGCAUUCAGUGCAGAACCGUCCAGAUUUGAUUAUUACGACGAUGAUUUGGUCGUCGCGUGCGGUGAUGGAUCUAUUUUCUUCUGCACUACAUGA